AAAAAAAUAAAUAAAAAAAAAUAAUAUAUGAAAAAUUUCCCCAUGAUUUAAUCUGUUACCUGGGAUCUAUAUACUAGUGAAAAUACAUGAUGCACGCUUCAACUCCUGGUGGGUGAUGAAAUUCUGGCGUGGAUAAUGGCAACUCAGUUCUCAAUUUCUAACGAUGUUGUAAGCUCGGCAGAACUAGAUAUAUACGUUAAUAAUUUACUAACUUCCUUGGACUUUCGAGCUGUAACCGGACAUUUCACUAGAGAACGUCCAACGAGUCAAGUAGAUUUAAGUAAGUAUACAAAAUGUACCAUUCCAUCCAGAAUUGCCAUUUAUUAUGAUGGAUACUCAGUUGAUCGUCCAAAAAUUCGGCCUUUCCUACCAUCCUUCACUAAUUAUCCUGAUUCACAACUCAUGAUAUUAAAAGGAUCAUUUAAUCUGACUCAUAUAGAUUCCGAAACUGCUCUAUAUUCAAAUUUGAAUACAAUCAUUAUUGCGGAAGGUCAUCCAUCAUUAUUGAUUUAUGUGGACAGAUUUUUGGAUGAUAAACAUUCUAUUGUUUGGAAAUACCCCAAACAGACAUUUCUUAAAAAUCUAUGGCCUGUAAUUGGUGAUGACUUGCUCAGUGAACCAACGACAUAUUUGUUGAUUGGUAAUAUUACAGAAAUCACAACUUUGGCUUACACGAAAAAUGCACCCUGGCUAUCAAAAGUUGUAUCUGUACUUUAUCUAUUGUUCCCAUAUGUAAGAAAUGCGUUCGAGAACUUAUUUGUGCUCAUACCUAUGAGAGACUUCCAAACAAUUUUUGAGGUGGCGCCAGUAAACGCUAAUGCUGCAUUUCUAGCUAACAUUGAAAAGAAAAUUCAAUUGAUGAUUGCGUUGAGUUUAUUAACUUUUGCUUAUAAGCAUGAAAAUAAAUUCUCAAGCCAAUUAUUUCUUCUUAUCAAAGCAGCUUUAUCUGGAACGAAUUACUCAAAACUCACCCAACAGGAUAUUGAUGUAGCACUUAGAGAAUUUGGAUUUAAACCUGAUUCGAAACUUAAAAUAAUUGAUGUAGUAAUAGGACAUGUUAUCGCAGUUGAUAAGACGAGGAAAUAUAAUCCAUUAGUCAAAUACGUUGACACAUUAACUCCCUCCAUGCUUUAUGAAGAUCCAAGUUUUAACGUUUGGACCAUUAAGAUAUUUGAACAAGCAAAAAUGAUAUAUUUCAAUCAUCAUGGCCAAACUAUCCGAUUGGGGGUCAGUGUAGUAAAUGCGUUAGAUAUAGAUGAAAAAACAUUGCCACUCGAAUGGCAAAUUGAAAUAAAGUAUCUUAAAUCAAUAGAGCAGUCAUUAUCAGAAUCACCUUAUAUCGGAUUACAAAAUAAUCUCCCUGAAAAAUUUAUAGUUGCAAGAGCUCCAAGAAUGUGCCUUUUUGGAGUCUUAUUUCUUGAAUCUUGUUUUGGAUCAGAGGGAAAGUCAAAAUUUCAACAUUAUAAAAAAUCUCUCUAUGAUCACAUCCCUUCACGAGAAAAAUCUCUUUUCCCUAUAUUAUUUGAUACUUUUCUUCCGAUGCAAGAUAACGUAAUCGCCUGUUUUAUAAAAGGACUUGGUAUAAGGAGAGCACAGCAAUUAAUGGCCACACUAUCUAAAGAAAAAACUGAAGCUAUUUAUUGCGCACUUCAUCAAGAAGCUAAAGAUAAAAACAUUCCUGACCAUGAAAUGGGUCAAUGGUAUACCCAUACAAAAUCUGCCACAAGAUUGGAUACAAUGACAGGAACAGUUAAAGAACUAAACAAAAAAGUGGAUGAAUAUUUAGAGGAAAAACUAUUGCAUCAUCGAAUGAAACUAGAAAAAGAACCGAGUGCAGAAAAACGGAGUAUUAUGAUUGAACAAUUAUCGAAAUGGGAGGAAGGUAUAAGAGAGAAUAUCUCACACAUAGAAACGAUAGAUAAACAAAAACUUUUUACCAAGUCAUUGAUUAUUCCUUCGCCAAAUUUGUUACCGCCAACCUUGGAAACCCCACAGAUUGUACGAGGAAACCAAGCAGACUUAUUAACUAUUCCCCCUAGUGGAUAAACAUUAUUCUAUUUUAUAAGUCAUUUAAAAUGAUAAUAAUUUAUAAUUUAUAUUAUAUUGCAUUAUUUUGUUUAUAUAUUAGAAUUUUUACCGAUAUCAAUAUUGCACUUUUAUUUUAAGUACGAUACCAAUAGCUUAGAUUACUUUUUGUAUAAUAUUUUUAUUUUUGAUACUUUUAUAUCUUAUUUGUUA